AACAGCCAUGAAGCAACACUUGAUAAUAGAUAACGGGGCAUACUCAAUCAAAGCCGGGUAUUCUAAUAGAUCCGCUCCACUCAAAGUUCAAAACUCCAUCACAAAGACCCGUGAUGGUUUGCUUCACAUUGGUAACUCCUACCUCAGCCACACAAAUAAUUAUGUCGGACUUAUCCAAAAACGACCUCAUGAUCAAGGACAUUUAACUUCUUGGGAGACAGAGAAACCGGUGUGGGAUUAUACCUUUGACCAACUCCUGCAAGAUGAGAUUGAUUUCAGCAAGACUAAACUUACAUUAACUGAACUGCCGUUCCAAUUGCCUCAAUUGAGUAUGAACACUGACCAAAUCGUGUUUGAAGAGUACGGAUUUGAUGAGUAUUACCGAUGCAUCCCGGCAAGUUUGGUUCCUUGGAGUUUAGACAUGGAUAAGGUGAAUGGCGAUUUCACGUUAGUUAUUGAUUCCGGGUUUAGUGCUACUUGGAUAGUGCCGGUUAUAUACCAAUCAGUUUAUUGGCAAGGUGUGAGAAAGUUGCCUAUUGGUGGGAAAUUACUAAAUGGCUUACUCCGGGAGAUUAUUAGUUUUAGACACUAUGACAUAAGUGACGAUCCCAUACUUGUAAAUACCAUCAAGGAAUCAACAUUCUUUUUAGCCACCGAUUUCAACCAAACACUCAAGAACAAACAAAAGUACAGUUGUGAUUUUAUACUACCAGAUUUCAAGACUACAACUACAGGAUAUAUGAGAACUAAAGAAAUGACAUUACCACCAGAUACCCAAGUGCUCAAGCUUACUGACGAACGAUUUUCCAUUCCUGAAUCAUAUUUCCACCCGGAAAUAGUAUUUGACAAUACACCACUAGUACAAUCCUCACCAUUCAAAAACAUAACUGACUUGAUAGUCGAACUGAUCAUGGCAUGCCCGGAAAUAACAAGACCUUUAUUAUCGGCAAAUAUUGUGCUUGUUGGUGGAUCCACCAACAUACCUAAUUUUAAAACAAGACUAGAGCUGGAGUUGCGAAGAGAAUUGUUCCAAGACUGGCAAGUCCGAGUCAGUGAGUCAGACAUACCCGAGGAAGCAAGUUGGAGAGGCGGAGUUGAGUUGGCAGGAGAAGCAGACGUAUGGAAAGAAAUCGCGGUUAAAAAGAAGGAAUAUUUCGAGCAUGGGGCCAACUGGUGUCAAAAGAGAUUUGGAUUUGAGAGUUAAAACUUAUAGGUAAUUAUUUAUUAAUCUACAACUCUAUUAAAUGAUUAAAGGUCAAAUAUCGACUCAACAACAACCAUCCAUAUCUAAACCAUACCAUUUGACUGAAAUGGCCAUAGCACAUGGCAGCAUAACUAACACUCAACAUGUUCAAAUCAGAAUAAAUCUUGAUGGAGCUUGAAGGUGCUGCAGUAAAGAAGCUUACAUUGAUAUUAAAGUUAACCACCUUGCUAAUAAAACUGGACAAGUGAUCCACAAAUAGUUCAACGUCAGUCAAUAAAGUAAAACUAUACUUUUCCCAAAAGUUCACACUCUUGAGAACAAGCAAUCUAGUAGACGUGGCGUUUCCGUUUCUCUUGAAAUAGCUUUUAGUACCAUGGUACAAUGCAAUGUGGUUAGCAUGACUAGACACACCACCUUCGUCGAAUGUAAUCAACACAGUCGGUUUUCCUUCAACUGGCUUCACAUUCUCUUUCAAGCUUUGUCGUAUAUCCAGUAAUGCCCACGUUUCAUUCAUACCGUCGGGGUAAUUCAACACCGUGACAUCUUGAACACCCAAUAUUCUCGCGCUGUCAUACAACUCAUUCCUUCUAAUUCUGCCCAUGGAUUCAUCCACAGCAUCACCACGGGAGAAACACACCAACUUCACUGAGUUGUUGUACUUCAGCUUGGAGAUCUCCACUACCGAUGGCGAAAAGAACAUGACUUCAUCGUCGGGGUGGGCUAUUAUGAAAUACACCAGGCUGUUGGCUAUGGGCAAUGGUGUAGGCAGAGUUAUGGAAUUGUAGGGAUACUGCGAUCGCCUAAACUUGUUGGUUCGUACUUGGUUAUUGGAGUAUUUCAUGGUAGUUUGUGGGAGGAUGGUGGUGAGGACAAGCCAUAUUAUGAAAGAUAGCGCAAAGAAGCGGAAUAUCGCCCUGGGUAUAGUGAAUAUCAUAGUAAUAUAGUUGGGUGUAUUGUAAAGAACAAGAAAUCUAGAAAAUACGAUUAAAAAAUGCCAAUGAAUUGUUGACACAUGGUAGAGAUGAUCAUUAAACUGUGUGUCCCUCACCCCUCCUUUGCUUGCUUGCUCGCCUCGCUCGUGCCGGCCUCCACGGAAUUUGCCAAC